AUGGCGACGGGCUGGCGUUCGGUGCUGUCUAAUUGCCCUGGUCGGCAAUUCCAAAUCAUCGCGCCGGAGUCCCGUAGUCCCAACACGCGCGUCUUUUUGGGGCGGCAGGACCUCAGCUUGAUUCGAAUGACCGCUCCGCUAUCGCCUUCCGUCCCCAUAUUCUGGGUCCUGAAAGAUUCUUGCGCUUCAGACUUUGUGAUCAACUCUUGCAUCAAGCUUCCAUGUGUUAGUCGAUUUGUUGUCGUGCCUGCAUCUACUCCUAUUUUGUGCAGCCCUGACAGGGGAACGCGUGUGGAUCUCUAA